GAAUUGAAAUUUGUUACUUUUAUUGCUUCAGUUGUAGCCUUAUAGUCCAGGUCUAAUCUUGAUCUUGCUAAAAGUUUGUGAAUUGUGCCUAGUUUUCAAUAUUAGUUACUGCAUAUUGUUUGCAACUUUAAAGUCUUCUGAAGUUUUCGCAUUCUAGUGAACUUAUUUAGUCUGUGAGCUUAUUUUCUUGUAAACUUUCAACUCUAGUGAACUUGGUCACCUUUUUUGUAAAAUUUCAAUUCCUUUAAGGUCAACUAUUUUAGUGAACUUAUACCUAUAUCCCUGUGAGCUUAUUUCACUUGUGAACUUAUAUAUUAUUCCUGUGUAACCUACUCACACACUUCCCCACUUAGCCUAUAAUAUUCUAGUUCUCUUUUCCUGUGAAUCCUUGUGAGAGCUCAUUUUUCUUAUGAACUUGAAUCAUUCCUCUGUAGCCUACUUACCCACUUAGCCUCUAAUUCUAGUUUUCUUCUUCCAUGUUUCUCUGUUAACUUAAUUUUCUUGUAAACUUUUAACUCUAUAGUGAACUUGGUGACCUUUUUUGUGACCUUUCAAUUCCUGUCAAGUCAACUGUUCUAGUGAGCUUAGGCUACCUAUCCCUGUCAACUUAUUUUUCUUGUGAACUUAUAUUAUUCUUGUGUAGCCUAUUUACUUCACCAUUGCAGUAGACUCAAUUCUAUCAGCCUAUACAUUAUAAAUCCAGUUCUCUUAUUCAGUGUAUCCCUGUGUGUUCAUUUUUAUUGUAAAUUCAUUUUUUCUGUGAAGAUCUUAAUCAUUUUCUAAUUUCAAUAGAAUUUAGGAAAUAUAUUACAGUCUUUCGUUUGAAAAAAGUGUGAAUGAAAACUGCAAUAUUGUUAGUGUAAUUAUUGGAAUCUACCCGAGGCUUAUUCAGCUUAUAUACUAUUUCGGAAAUUCUCACGAGCGUGCUAGCCGCAAUGUGGACAACACUGUCGCGUAAGAAGCCACUGGUAAGCAGCUAUGUCGAGGCGUCUGACUUGUGUCGCGUGUUGGGAUUGGUCGACCUGACGGCGCUGGGCGUGGCCUCCACCCUGGGCAUGGGCGUGUACAUCAUGGCCGGCAGCGUGGCCAAGAUAGCCGGUCCUGGAGUCGCCUUCUCCUUCCUCAUUGCUGGAUUUGCAGCCACUCUCUCAGCACUGUGCUAUGGUGAGUUUGCAGCCCGAGUUCCGAAAGCAGGGUCAGCAUAUGUUUACAGCUACGUCACAAUGGGCGAAUUUGUGGCCUUCAUUGUGGGAUGGAAUCUAUGCUUGGAAUAUGUCAUAGGUACAGCAUGUGUAGCAAGAGGUCUAAGCAAUUACAUUGAUGCUCUAGUGGGGGAUACAAUAUCUACCUUCUUCUCUACUUAUUUUCCAAUGAACAUUCCAUUCUUGGCUUCUUAUCCUGACUUUUUCGGCUUCUUCAUCAUGUUCUCCUUUUCAUGUGUGGUAGCAGGAGGUGUGGAAAUAUCAUCAACAUUCAACAAACUGUUCACAUUCAUAAAUCUCACCACUCUUGUCAUUGUGAUUGUUGCUGGUGCAUAUAAAGCCAAUUUCUCAAACUGGACUCUCAGCCCUACUGAUGAAGGGUUUCCCACAGAUGGUAGUGGGGGUAGAGGGGGUUUCCUACCCUUUGGUUUCCUGGGAGUAUUCAGUGGGGCAGCCAAGUGCUUCUACUCAUACACUGGAUUUGACAGUGUUGCCACAACAGGUGAAGAAGCGAAAAACCCUCAAAAACUGAUUCCACUGGCCUUAUUGAUGACUCUAACCAUAGCAGUUGUCACAUACCUUGGAGUAGCUAUAUCACUCACUCUCAUGUGGCCCUACUUUGAUCAGAGUGUGAGGGCUCCUUUCCCCUAUGCUUUUGAGAAGACCAACAUGCCUGGGGUGAAAUGGGUGGUCACUACUGGGGCACUAUGUGCCCUUUGCUCUUGUAUGGUAGGAUGUAUCUAUGCCACAUCUCGCAUUAUCUACUCAAUGGCGAAUGACGGACUUCUGUUCAAACCACUGCGACGGGUCAACUCGAAAACCCAGACUCCUCUCACAGCUACCCUUCUCAUUGGUGCUUUUACAGGUAUGGUAGCAACCAUUUUUGACAUGGAACAGCUGGUGGACAUGACAUCAAUUGGCACCCUCACGGCAUACACAAUUGUCUCAUUCUGCAUAUUACUACUACGCUAUGAGGUGCAAGGAGUUACGGAGGAAAAGGGUUUGACCCAAACUGCAGACACCCUGGCAGAGGGCAGCACCUUACUGAGAGCUUUCUUCAACAUGGACAAAGCCGCCACUCCAACCUCCCAGUCCAGUCUCAUUGUCAAACUCAUGGUGGCGUUUUUCACUCUUUCCUCGGUGGCAUUCAGUGCAUCAGUGGCGGGAGUGAGUAAUGCCACCACCAGACCUUUUGCGGUUUUCCUGAUGGUGCUGAGCUCAGCUGGAAUCAUAGCUAGUGUGCUGGUGAUCAUCAGACAGCCACAAUCCAGAGAACAGCUGUCAUUCAGGGUACCUCUUGUUCCUAUACUGCCAAUUGUGAGCUCUUUCAUGAACAUUUUCCUGAUGGUGAUGCUGAAUGUGCAGACUUGGGUACGGUUCUUCAUAUGGAUGCUACUGGGAUUUGUCAUUUAUUUUGGAUAUGGUAUAAGACACAGUGCUGAAGCCAAGAAAAGAGAGCAGUCUCCACCAGCCUAUAACAUGAGUAAUCCGCCUGCCAGAUUCUCUGUCACUGUUGAUUAAUGCAUUGCAAAUAAAUUUUUUACUGUUUCUCAUC